GUGGGCGCCGCGGGCCCGGCGGCUCGGCUGACGCCGCCCGCGCUGGCGAGGAGCAGCGGCGCCGGUGUCCGGCGGGACCUGCACUUGAAUCGAGAGCCAUGUGGUCAGCUGAUGAAAUCGCUGGGUUAUGCUACCUGCAUUAUAGGACCAGACUUCCUAAGCAGGGGAAACCAGAUCCAAACAGGGAAUGGACUUCCGUGGCAGCUAUUGUCAAAGUGGAAUCUGGAGCCCAAAUAGAGGCUCUUGAUAGUCCAGGAAACUUGCAGGUAAGUAAGGAAGUUGUUGCUAUGGGAACUGGAACAAAAUGUAUUGGCCGAAACAAAAUGCGAAAAACUGGAGACAUUCUGAAUGACAGCCAUGCUGAAGUUGUGGCCAAGAGGAGCUUCCAGAGGUAUCUUCUCCAUCAGUUGUGGCUUGCAGCUUCCCAUCAGCAAUGUAUCUUUAGCCCAGGAACUGAAACUGGGAAAUGGAAACUCAAACCAAAUAUCAUAUUUAUUUUCUUCUCCAGUCAUACCCCAUGUGGAGAUGCUUCUAUUUUUCCAAUCAGUGAACCAGAGAACCAGCUUUCUAAGCCAGUGACUGGAGGUCAUGCAGCUGGACAAUCUGCAAAAUGUAGAAGUAACCAUAAUCACUUGUGUCCAGAAGAUAAAAGGAAAUCAGAGAAGAUGGCAAGCAAUCAUAUAAUCAAGAGAAUGAAAACUGAUGAUGGUGCUUGUUUUUCCAUAAUCACUGAAGACCUGGCUGUUCAGCAUGAAUCUGUGAAACGAGAAGACAACACACAUCAAAAGAGCUGUGAAUGUUCUGCAGAGAUGCAAACCGCUAAUAAGGAUACUGGCUUAGUGAGACCAAAGGUAGUAGAUGUUCACAGAACCGGAGCAAAAUGUGUUCCUGGAGAGCUGGAUGAUGCCCGAAUACCUGGGCUGGGGUACCACUGUGUGGGAUUAUUACGGGUGAAGCCAGGUCGAGGAGACAGAACAUGCUCUAUGUCCUGCAGUGAUAAACUGGCUCGCUGGAAUGUGUUAGGGUGUCAAGGAGCUCUUCUGAUGCAUUUUCUGCAGUAUCCGGUGUAUCUGUCAGCAGUUAUAGUGGGGAAGUGUCCAUAUAGCCAAGAAGCUAUGCGGAGAGCAGUUAUUGAAAGGUGUCAGCACGUCUCAUCUUUACCAGAGGGUUUUCUCACUCAGGAGGUUAAGCUGCUGCAAUCAGAACUUCAAUUUGAACAUAGCCAUCAGGCAGUUCAGCGAGUUCAAACUAACAGCAAAACAAAAAUUGUUCCUUGUAGUGCAGCUAUCAGUUGGAGUGCGGUCCCUGAGCAACCUCUGGACGUCACGUCAGACGGCUUCCGACAGGGAACAACCAAGAAGGGGAUUGGGAGCCAUCAGAGCAGAUCCAAAAUCUGUAAAGUGGAACUCUUCCAUAAAUUCCAAAGGCUGAUGACAAGUAUUUCACAAGAGGAUCUACCAGACACUCUACGGAUGAAGACACUAAAAACCUACUGGGACUACAAGCAAGCUGCAUUAAAUUAUCAAGAAGCCUGGAGAGUGCUACGUAGCCAAGCUCUGCUGGGUUGGGUCAAGAAUGCCAAGGAAUACCUGCACUUCACAUGACAAUCCAUGGGACUCUGUAAAUCCAGGAAUAAGCUGUGGUCCACAGCAGAUAUUUCUGCAGUUCAAGGGCCAGAAAAAGACACCCUCUAGUUUAUGUGCUGUAAAGAGACAAGACUGAAAAAGAAAACAAUUUAGAGAAUACUUUUAUUUUUACUGAGUUGAAGCCCCCAUUUUAUUGAAACGUAGCAAAGGAUCAUUGCUGGCUUAAAAUUUUGAGCUGCGUGAAACAAUAUGCCUCCAAAAGAAAGGAAGCAGUGAUGUGCUAUCCUAGUAUCUGAGGAUGUGAUCUACCAGCCAUAGUCAUUGCAGAGAAAAUAAUGUCAACUGAAAUUGAAGCAGUACUAUGGAAAGUUUUAGUGCUGCUUUUUUCUUCCACUUCUCAUAAUUUUGUGGUUGUUUUUCUGUUGCUGGGACAACCCUCAUGUAUAGUAAGUAAUACUUUUGUAACUCUGAGCUCUUCUUGUCCAGUAGAAUUUUCUGUGUUCCCCAGCCCCUUUGCUUCUAACUGGAAAAACUAGUUCUGUAAAGUGUUUUUUUUUUUUUCUGGGAAUUCUUCAUGUAUGCUGCUAUUUACUAAACAUAGCCACAGAUAUCACCACAGUAGAAGCAAAAGCACUGGAGGGAGUGUGUGUCAAAUAAUACCACUUAUGAUAUCCUGUGCAUCUCAAUUUCAGGACGUUGCCAGAUAACCUUUAAACUGCUUUGCUUCUGUAGGCAGGAAAGAAAACUCCUGAACGAUUUGGUUCAAAUUGGCCAAUCCUGUGCAAUUACAGGCAAACGUUUACCUGUUUUUCAGUGUCCAUCUCCGCACCCCCCUGUGGAAAAUGGUCAAUUAAAAGCAGAAAUGCCUCAGCCAUUUAUGUCACUUGUGUUCAUUGUGUUCAUUAAUAGCCUGGCAAAAGUGGAGAUGCUUUGGGGAGUAUUGAAAGUAGUCUCUGGCUUGUCUCUUCUAGUGUCUUGUCAUUAUGCUUUAUUACCUGUUAACAUCUGCAUGGCAAGACAGUCAACAUUGUGAGCAGUUGUGGGGGAAGCAGUGUGUAACCCUCCUUAAAUCUUCUGUCCCAGUUACUGCCUUUUGUGAGCAAUUUCAACUGCUACUGAGAACAUUCUCCUUUUGUAUUUUUCUGUUGUAAACCACAAUUCAUAAAAUACUUGGACAAAGCAAUGGCUGGAUGAAAGAAGUGGAUAAUUUAGAACUUGAAAAUUCUUUAGUGAUUUGAAUUUUUUUUUUGUUCUUUGGUACCCUAUCGUUUUGGAUCUGGAAAAUGGGCACAGCAGCUCUCCAAACAGCCUUUGCUGUCAACCUACUGAGCUACUUAUGGGACCAAACAGCAUACAUUACAUUACAGUCUGAGAAUUGAUAGCACCAAAUCCUUUUUACUUUGCACUUAGGUUGACUUGUCAAGUAAGAAUAGUUCUCUUCUUGAAGAAACAACAACUUUAAUUGUGUGCAUAUAUGCCCAUUCACUCAAAUCCAGCACUAACAUGCAGAAAGACCAGUUGUACUGGUUGAGGGGGAAGUAAGUUUGUGUCUGUAGAGGGCAAGGGAUUAUGGAGAUUAGGGACUUGCAGUAGUCAUCAGAGGAAAAAAAUUACCAGAUGCCAUUGCACAUGGGCUACAGGGUAAACUGCUGAAGAUAAAUGGUAGCUGUUCCUGUAAUUGAGCAAGUAGCAUUCCAAGGGCAGAGUUCUAUAGUGUACCUAAAGAGCUAUCAGUAGAUUUCCAGGUUCCUGAAAUUUACCUUUGUUCUUCACUGAAAUCUUGCAGAAACUAUUAACUUACCAUACCUAGUUUCCCAUAGUUAAUCAACAAUGCCUGCAGCAAACCUGCUGACCAGACUGGAAUGUUCCCAUUUCCUAUCCAGCUGUGAUAUUAAAAUGGAUUACACAAGACUAGUUCUAUAGUCUUGCAUCAGUUUUCAGAUAAGUAGUUAUAUGGUUUAAAUUCUUUUAACUCUUUUCUAAAGUUUGAGCCUGACUGUUAGGAUUGUUUCUUGUAAGAUUUUUUGUGCAUUUCUAAAAUACUUGUGAACACUAGACUGCUGCUUUUCUGUUACUUGUCAGGUUUAAAAGUAGUUUUUGAGGUGCUGAACACUGGUGCUAACUUCACUUUUGGGAUGGAAUUGAGGACAUAUUUAAGCCUAGAGCAAGUCAGUAAAUAUGCGGAGAGGGAAGGAGCUGAAACAGAAUAGCAUUUAAAAGGCUGAGGGGCUAAGCCUGUGGGAUCUCAUCCUCAACUGAUGGCAUUUCUGUGAUGGAAAAUCAGUAUCUAAAAGCUGCAUCUGUUUCAUUCCAAAAUGUCAGGAAAUGCUGUUGGCAAUACCAUGAAACUGCUCUAAAAAUCAGAUGGGAAGAAUGCAGAGAUAGGAAAGAACAGUCUCUGCCUUUGUAAAAGGUAGCAGACUAAACUUGGAUCAUUGUCAACAGGCCUUUGGAAGAAUUGCUUCUGGAAAGUAACAGUUGACAUGUUCCAAGCCUGUAUCACUCCUUUGCGCUGAGAUAGCUGACACCCCGAAAAACAGAUAGGCAAGGCAGGGUGAGGACAGUACAAUGCAGAGACUGCCACAGGAGAGCAGAGUUAGCAGGGACAGAAGUAGAAGGAAUGAAGUGCCCACAGUGCAUGUUAAAUGAGGACAAGCAAACAAUUGGCAGUGGGAGCAGCAGAGCAUAGGAGGGCAUCAAGAUUCCCACCGUAUGUGUAAAAUGAGCACAUCUAUAUUAUCCAGAUAGGUCCUUGCCUAUCCCAAACUUUUUUGGGGACCAAUGGCUCCUAAUUGCCAGGACAAAGAAACUGUAAUCAUUGAGUGGAUGUCUUUAGCAGUGUCACUGUUACAGACUUCAUUCUGUUUUUAAUCAUAGUAAGAAGGCAGGACAGACUGCCUGCUUAUCUUUUAACGAAGUCAAGACCAGGACAUAGAAGCAAGUGGUUUUGUCCAAGGGUAGGAGUCAUCAAUCUGUUUGAGGCUGCAGUUCCAUGAGACCAGAUGCUAGCAUCCCCCUGUCUUUGGAAAGGCAAGGUUUUGAUCUUCACAGUGUGCUUCCACUGCUCACGUUAACACAGGCUGGAAGGCUUACUGAUCUCAGUACAUUCCGAAUAAAUCAAAGACUAUUUACUGUAUUUAUAGAAAAACAAACCGUGAGCCCAAAACAAGAUGUAUCCUUUCACUAGGAGUUAAAAGACCUCUGCAAUAAAUCCAUUAAGCACUAGAGGAAAGGAAGAGCUAGGGUUGUGCUGCUAAGGGCAGGAGAAUUCUGUUGGCAAGGAGGAAAAGAAAGGUGUUGGAGUUCUCUCUCAGACUAUCUGAUAAUGUCAUAAGAGGGCUGUAGCAAUGAUAGGUACAUAAUACAAUUAACAUAUACAUAUGUAGAAGCAAGAUAAUUUUUGAGGAAAGACCAUCUAAUUGGUCUAAAUUUGGCCUGAAUACUAAAUAUUUACUGAAUACUAAAUUCGUCCAGUACUGGUUUAGUUAUAUUGGAGAUGACAUUUCAAUUUAGCUUAAAGAUAAGUGACAUAGAGAUGUUGCUGUAGGAACAGUGAGAUAUUUCUUCAUUUCUUGUUCAGUGCAUAAAUUGAAGGGUUAACAGAAAAUGAAGAUCAUAUGGGAUCAAAGGCUUUAUCUAAUUUUACAGGAAUGAACUAUCCAAAGGGAUGCAUUUCACUGAUGCAUUUCAAAAGGAAACUUCUUGAUGUUUUAUUGCCAUUUUAAGUGUACCUGCAGAUGAAAAGUGAAGUUACUGCUAUAGAGUAUUUAUCCUUAUGUUCUCUGGAACUACUUGCAUGUCUGGGUCCUAAAUCUGAACUAAUAAAUACAGAGAUGUUAAAGAGAGCAGUUAUGUGGGGGUUUUAGGGGCUUAUGAAGGGUAAUCCAUAAGUUACCUCAAUCUUAACAUAUUUCCUUGCUUUUAGAUACAUCUGUUAGCAUGUAAUUAACUUUUUCUAGCAUUUUUAAGUGUUUCUUACUCCUCUGUGAACAGCUAAGAAAAAAUAUUACUUGAUAACUGUAGAAAAACUGUAACAUUUCAGCAUAAAAGAAGCAGGACAUUUUCCAGUAAUAAAAGGUAACUUAAAAAAUGACAGGUGAAACCACCUUCUUCAUUCUGAAUCAAAAAUUCUGUUAAGAGUAAACAUUAAUGUGUGAAAAGGGGGUCAGAAGUAAUUCAGGAUGGAAGCACUGACAGAAUGUUUCCUAAAGCAGUGGUUUACAAUGCGGUGCUAUUCUGAAUAAUGAAAGGCUUACUGAGAUCAAUAGCACAUUUUCAGAUGCAGUAAGCACAUGCAUCACAGUUACUGUGACAAGCCUCAGUAAUAGGUUAGUGUCAACAUUUCACAGGCUCCUACAUUUACAUUUUGGAGUCCUUUUGCCAAUACUUGUGAUUGACUGCAGAGCUAAACAAUUCUAGGCAUAAUGUAUUUUCAUGGGGAUUUGAGUUAAUUUGAUUUACGCUUGGAAAGUGGCAAAUUUCCACUGUAACUAGAAGCAUUUUAAAAACUAGAUUCUUAGGCACCACAUAGUGUGAAAAUGAAUUAAAACUUUUAAUAGGAAUCUAAGUUAACACUAUUUAGUUUUUCCUUGCUGGCCUAGGAAGAUGAAAGUGAUGCUACUUCUUCAACCCAGCAUUAUCGUUUAAUAUCAGAGUGUCAUAUCCAGCACUGUGCAAUUAGGUCAAUUAGCUGGUUUUUCCACCCUCUCCCACACAAUCCAAGGGUUUGCCUCUUUGUCUGUAAAAAAGAAGUAGCUGUGAGAUACUGUAGCUCUGAAGCUAUUGGAUUUGAAACCUACAAAGAACUCUUUCUUUGGGGUCUCAUCAGCCACACACUAAAGUUUGAGAAGCUAUACAAUGUCUAGUAAGUAAAGAAACAGCUGUGUAGCAUCUAGUAAAUGUGAUGAGUAACUUUCUGGUGAAAAUGGAGGUAAAGAAAUGACAGCACUGCCUGUUUGUGACAGGAAUUUUUAUUGUACUUGUUUGUUAAUUGAGAUAGAGGAACCUACUAGCUCAAUUCAACACGAUCAGCAUCUUGCUCCUGGCUUUGGAUAAGCUAGCAAAUCCAGUGUUCCCAAUACUAACUUACUGUUUUUAUUUUUCUUAAACUGACAUCUCAAAACAGAAUAAAUGUGUGUUCUUCUCUUCUAGUUUUAGUUGCCCAACUACUUUGCUUUAUUGUUUAAUCAAUGUCAUCAAAUGUAUCCCCCCCAAAGAACUGAGGCUCUGGGAAUUCAUAGCCAUGAGAAAAAAAUGCACAAAACCAACAAAAC